UUUUUAACAUUCAUUCAUGUAAUAUUUUCAUGGAAACAGCUAGCUUGAAAUCCUCGAUUUCUAUAGCCUCUCUAACAUCAUUGCCCUUGGAAAAUUAUGAUAAUUUAGAAGGCGAUCAACUAGUUCGUGAAUUGGAAAAUUUGAGAAACAUCAUGAGGCUCACCAAGGAAAAUUUAGACGCGUUACAUGCCCAUUUCUCCAAUCUAAAGAAUCCUCCGUCUUUAUAUCUAGAGGAAUACCAGGAACUUUCGGAUAAAUUAGUCAAUUUCAGGGGUCAAGAAAUGGUUUUGAUGGAUAAGAUCAAUAACGGCGAUAGCGCGUCUUUUUUUCCCACGAUCGACCUUGAGGCGGAUGAAUUUAUCUUACGACCUAUUUUGGGGAAAAACGCCUUGAAUAUUACUAACCGACAACAAGAGCUAAACACAAGCGAAAUUGACUACUGUUGCGGGAAGGACAUCUAUAAUGCAAACAGCUCCAAUUCUAACCACCUUGAUACGAACGUACAGUCAAGUCACGAUAUAAUACCUAUUCUUAAUAUCGAAGAUGAAUCGAAUGGCUUAACCCAUAUUAAAGAUAAGAACAAUGCCGAUGUUACAAAUGAUACCAACAUUAUCGUAACCCAUAAAAAUCCGGAGAGAGGGGACCAUGACCUAAAUACGAAAACUAAAUUAACCGGGGAAAAUUUGGAGAAGAGUAAUAAACCCGGAAAACCUUUUAUACGUGUGCAUUUGCCUAAUCAUCAAAGGACCACGCUGCCCUACAAGCCAGGCACUCAAGUCAGGGAAGCGCUCAGGAAAGCGUUGGCAUUCAGAAAUUUAACUCCCGAACGAUGCCUCAUUUACAAUUAUAGAACUAAGGAAACUAUACCCUGGGACACGGACAUUAGUUCUCUCGAAGGCCAGGAACUUACCGUUCAAAUAAUAGAUGAAUUCAGAUUUUCGACGUCCAUCACCCACAAUUUGGUGAGAAAAACUUUCUUCACUAUCUCGUUUUGCGAAGUUUGCCACAAGGUGUUGUUUCACGGGUUCCGAUGCCUAACAUGCGGUUUCAGGUUUCACCAAAAAUGUGGUUCCUUUAUUCCCCCCUUCUGCGAGCCCGUUCAAUUCGACAAGGAAUUUUACAAAAAAUUUCUUCUAACCGACUCGGGCAUGAUGCACUCUCACCCACAUUCUUCUACCUUAUCAUCGGCCUUGAUCUUGGACGGUUUAGCCCCACCCUUCAAUCACCAAAAUCAGUCCCACGAAUUCGACGUUAACGCCUAUUACUACUUGACAAUGAUGCACAAGAACGAUAAUUUUAGAAAAAAUGACGCCACGAAUUCUGGCUAUAAAAAUGCCAUCGAUUUUCCUUUUACUCCACCUCCUUACAUGAAUCACUUGACUACCGAACCCCAUCUAAAACGCAAGACCUCCAAUUAUCAGCAACAAGGCACAAAAAAAUCUCAGCCCACGAACUAUUACCCUCAAAACAUCGUUUCAAAUAUAAUGUCUAAUAAAAAAUCGAGCCAUGAAAAGGGUCCCAUAUCCUUAAGCCCCAGGGAAAGGUCGACUUCUGCUCCCAACGUUAAUUUACACAUGGUGGGUCGCCAAACGGAAUCAAUUUUAUCGGCUCUUAACGAAGUUAAGUCAGGUUCUAAGUCCUCAUCCAAUCAUCAAGAUUAUUCUUAUAUCUUCAAUUUCAACACCUACACCGGUGGACAAUACGUCCCUUACUCGUCCCUAGCAAAAUCAAACAAAUCCCCUACCAUCUUACCCGCACAAACUUCUCAUAUACCGUAUCCAUCUACCACCAAUUCGUCGUCUUCGAGUUCAUCUCAGCGCACAAAUAACGCGAAUACUUUGCCUUCUCCGAAAAUUAACUCGUCCAUCUAUCUAAUUCCCAGUUCGGCCUCUCCGCUGACCCCCCAUCUAUCCUCUUCUAAAAACGUCGCGAAUAUUUUAUCCAACAUUUCAAAUGUUAACCCCGUGACCAAUGUCAGUUCAAACGGCUCGAAAUUUCAUAUCACAAAUAUUAAUACGAAUGCCACUAACUACAACCCCAUUGCUAUCAAUAGCCAUUCCCUCAAUCUCAACCACAAGCUGUCUAAUCUGAAACACACUCUUUUUACCAACCUUCCCAGCCUGCUUACCCGCAAUGCGACUCAACAUGCCAAUCAUCACAAUCAGGCAGUUACGGACGUCAUCAAUCCAGUUAAUUCGACAGGCGGAUUUUAUCAUAGUGCUCACACGUCUCCCGCUGCUAGAUGUGAUAGGCCACGUUUCUUUGAAUUCGAAACGUCUCUUCAACCUGAAAUAGCGAGGCCUCGAGCUAAGUCAGCUGAUAAUGGAACAGUUGGGAACGUGGGGGGCAUGGCUCAAACUUCUCAUAAUAACUUGAAUCGGGCCAAUAACCCUUCUACGACCAUGGAAUCAGCCAUUUUGGAAUGGGAAAUCAAGGCAGAUGAUAUUUUGAUAGGACCCAAGGUUGGUACCGGUUCGUUUGGUACGGUUUACAGAGGCAAAUGGCAUGGUCCUGUUGCCAUUAAAAGAUUGAACGUCACUGAUCCUACUCCUGAGCAGCUGGAAGCAUUUAAAAACGAAGUUGCCGUCCUGAGGAAAACAAGGCACGUGAAUAUAUUGCUUUUCAUGGGCUGCAUCUUGGACCAAAGCGACCCUGACCUCUUGGCCAUAGUAACUCAAUGGUGCGAGGGAGCCACUCUUUACAAACAUCUCCACAUGGACGAGAUCAGGUUUGAACCCGUACAAAUCUUGGAUAUCUCGAGGCAAACGGCCCAAGGACUGGACUACCUUCACGCCAAAUCCAUCAUUCAUAGAGAUCUCAAAUCUAACAACAUAUUUCUCCACGAUGACCUGACCGUCAAAAUUGGCGAUUUUGGACUAGCGACUAUCAGAACAAGUUGGAACGACGAGGAACAAUGCGUGCAACCCACCGGAUCUAUAUUAUGGAUGGCUCCCGAAAUAAUCCGUAUGAACAAGCCCGUCAAAUCAUCUCAAUCAUCAUCAGUUUCGUCACCCGUCUUGCCUUUGCAACCAUCUUCUAUGCCCUCGCCACAAUCCUCUGUUUCGAUUAAGUCCUCGCGACUUAUUCAAUCCCCGUAUACGUACUCUUCGGACGUAUACGCGUUCGGUAUAGUGCUCUUCGAACUCGCUACUAACUCUCUUCCUUAUGCUGAGGCAACGCGAAAAGAUGCUAAUCGUGACGUUCUGCUUUACGGGAUAGGGAGGGGCCUGCUACGACCACUAUUGGCCGAAGCGGAAGGUGGAAUAGCUAGGAAAGAUGUGCCUAAAGCUUUUAGAAGGCUCGCAGAAGAAUGUUAUGCAUUUGAAUUCGGAAAAAGACCUUUGUUUCCUGAAAUUCUAUCGUCUCUCGAGAACUUAUCCCGGCAAUUACCUCGUAUCCACAAGAGCAUAAGCGAGCCUACCAUAAGCAAAAUCUCUUAUUGCAAUGCAAAUGAUCCAACUGAAAUCCAUAAUGAAGAAGAAAUUGAUCUCAUAAUAUCUAAAUUUGGCGACAAUUUUUUUCCAAACGUUAAUUUGGCUACAAGCAAUAUUAUUACAAAUAUAAAUCUUAACAUCAACCCCGAUAUUAAUAUCGGUAAUAAGCAUCUUGAUAUCGAACAGAUAACUGAUGCUAUGAGCGGUUCAUUUUAUGAUACACCAAUUUUUUAAAAUAAUGUUUAAUAUUUUAAAAUGCAUUAAUUGACAUUGAACUAUAACCAUGUAAUUUACAUGAAUACUGAGUUGUAUUUCAAAAAAAAAUCGCUCCAGAA